UAGUCUCGUCUCUCUCUAAAAACACACUAACGCGCUUAUAGACACGCGUUGGUGCGGCGCGUAUGACAUUCGCCGUCGUCCGACGACCAUGCCAGGCUCAGCGUCGUCGACUCACCGCCCUGAGGGUUUAAUUGAGCGGCUUCGCUCCGCCGCCGCAGACGGCGGAGAAGCCAAAUUAAAGGUCCUCAGGGAACUUAAGAACCAGAUAAUUGGCAAUCGAACAAAGAAGCUCUCCUACAUCAAGUUGGGUGCCGUUCCUUUCGUCGUAUCGAUUCUAUCAUCCGCUUCCUCUUCAGCCGAUUGCCUUCUCGUACAGUGUGCCGCAACCAUUGGCAGUUUUGCAUGCGGUGUUGAUGCCGGCGUUAAGGCCGUUCUAGAUACCGGAGCUUUUCCUCACCUUAUAAAUCUCCUUUCACAUCCGAACGAAAAGGUUGUAGAUGCAGGAGCUCGUGCCCUUAAAAUGAUAUAUCAAUCAAAAGUGGCUCCUAAGUAUGACUUUUUUGAAGAGAAAAACAUGGAAUUUCUUAUAUCUUUGCUAGAUAAGAAUAACGAAAAUGUAACUGGACUUGGUGCAAGUAUCAUAACACAUUCUUGUGAAACGAAUGAUGAACAGAAGAUAUUGGGUGAUGCUGGAGUUCUAAAGAAGCUCAUUGACCUCCUUGGAGGCACUACAAGCCAGAGAGAUGCUAGCUUAGAAUCGUUUGCUACAAUUAUCAAAGAAAAUCCAGAAGUUAUUUCAAAGUUUGUGGGACCUGAAAAUGGUAGAACAUGGGGCACUUUAAUAGAGUUAACGAAAGAUAGGUAUCCAAGGACAAGAUUGCUUGCAUGCGUGUGCUUAAUUUUGAUUAAGAACGCUGCUCCAUCCUAUCUUCAAUCUGUGGGAAUCAGAACCAAGUUGAUAUUGGUAUUACUUGAACUUAUUGAUGAUCCUGGUCAAGUGGGAGAUGAAGCGGUGUUGACUUUAUCUAGUUUCAUAGCGGAUGACGAGGGUCUGCAAAAGUUGGCUUUUGAGGCGAGUACUAUUGACAAACUUUGUGACCACUUGCAAAAAGAAUUGUUACAAGCCAAACGUCUUCAGGGAAUAUUUAUGACAUUGGCUAAUCUUUGCUCGAAUCUGGAAUGUUGCAGGUCUAUCAUUUUACAAUCACCCAAGGCCUUAAACAUUGUAACUGCUGCUCUGACUCAUGCUACUGCGGAUGUACGAGUUGCUGCUUGUAUCUGUUUGAAAAAUAUUUCUCGCUCGGUCAAGUAUCUUAGUGCAGGUCAUUUUAUGACAGAAGCAGUUAUCAUGCCGCUGAUUCAGCUUCUAUAUGAUACUUCAACUUCUGUCCAGGUUGCUGCAUUAUGCACUAUCAGUAACUUAGUGGUCGAUUUUACCAUGCACAAGUCCCUUUUCGUACAAAGUGGAGGUGUGAAACAGCUUGUUCAGCUAUCAAAAUCUAUGGAUUCAACUGUUAGGCUAAAUGCUGUAUGGGCUUUGAGAAACUUGAUGUUUCUUGUCGACAGCAGGUGUAAAGAAGGGAUCUUUAUGGAGCUGAGAGCAUUGACAUUAACAAGCCUCGUCUGUGAUCCUAGUGCUUCUGUCCAAGAGCAAGCUUUGGCCCUUGUUUGCAACCUUGUUAACGGACCUGUCGACUCUAUUGAGUAUGUUUUCACCGAGGAUGGUCUUUUACUGAAUGCUGUUGGAAGACAAUUAUGGAGCGCUUCAAAACAUGAAGUUCUGAUUCAGGGAAUGUAUGUGCUGUGCAAUGUGGCAUCUGGGCAAGAGUUCCACAAGGAAGCAGUGAUGCAGCAACUUCUCCCACAGCCACAGGCAAGCAAUGAAGAUACCCAGUCAAUAAUGGUGAGGAUGUUGCAAAGUGAUGUUGCCCAAUUGCGAACAGCUGCUGUAUGGACUAUAGUCAAUCUCACUAUUCCAACUGGUGCUGGUGCAUUAGCACGAGUCGUAAAACUAAGAAAUGCUGGCAUAGUCUCUCAAUUGAAGAACAUGGUGAAUGAUCCUUGCUUGGAUGUCAAGCUUCGUGUACGAACUGCACUGGGGCAAUCUAUGACUUUUGGGGAUUUCUCUACAUGAAAAGUGGUGAUGGAGAAUUGGGGGGCAGUGGAGUGAGUCUUGGUUGUUGUAACUUUGUAUUUUUGUUUACAAUUAUUAUCAGUUUUGUUGGCCUCUUAAUUUGUAAGGUUGCAAACGAAGUUGCAGUUGCAGUUGCCUAUGAGAGAGUAGUAGUCUUUCAUUCCUUCAUCUUAUUAUAACCUACUAUAGUUCAUUAUAAUCUAUUUUCUAAUUUCAUUCA